GCAACUCCAGCAGCCCCACUGGUAGUGGAAAAGCCCCAUUUGUAUCGACACAGUUAUACCACUAUCGUACCGGUAUAAGUGUGAACACAGCAUUAAAGUAACGGGCGUGUGCCCAUCUGGAGAAUGUGCUAUCCGACAUUAGAUCAGCUGCAGGUUCACUCCUCUCUCUCUCUCUCUCUCUCCUGUCUGACGAGCCUAAAGGAAGUGAAACAUUUUGCGUGGACGUUUCACCUCUGCUGAUCUCGCGUGAUUUUGGCGAAUUUGUAUGAAGGAAAAAACCCACUUCAUUCCAGGUUAAAAAUGCAUUGUAACGCGCGUUACUGACAUUUGUACCGAGUAAAAUAUUACCAAUUUUUUUUCUGUAAUGCCUUACAUUACCGCAAAAAGCAAUGCAUUACAGUAACUCAUUACUUUUGUAACGCGUUACUCCCAACACUGAAUGUGACUAAGUUAGCUGAGGUAAUCGGUGUGGUGCUGCAACACUUCUUUACUGGAAUAGGAUGAAGCGAGCACGUACUCCAGCCGGAUGUUAUGGGCUCGAUUUAAAUCGUCACUCUGUUCCCUGUCCACGCCAACUCCAUAGAGUAAAAAACAAUGCCUUCCUGCACACUCUCUAGCUGACUAUGUGCACACUGAGGAGUCGUUUAGGCUCAGCCACAAACUAUAGUUGUAAUACUGGAAAAAACCGAAAGCUUGUCCACUUGUUCUUUUUUUCUUUUGGCCAGCAUUCAGGAGGAACUCCAGUUCAUCCUGAGACAGCACUCCAGUCGCCAGUUUGAGAAAGAGGACAAGAAGAAAAUGUCUUUCAACGAUGAGAGAAAUGGAGAAGAGAGUGAAAGGUCCAUAUGUGUUAACAAUCCUCAUCUGAGCUCCAUGAAAGAAGACAUACUGUACCAUCUCAACCUGGGUACAGCCACUCAUGACUUCCCAGAACAGUUUGGGGAUGUUAAAUUUGUAUGUGUUGGGGGAAGUCCAUGGAGAAUGAAGUCUUUCAUAGAGUACAUCGCUAAAGAGCUGGGCCAAGAAGACCCAAAAGGAGAGUACCCAAACAUCUGUGAGGGAACAGAUCGCUAUGCCAUGUACAAAGUAGGACCUGUGCUGUCUGUUAGUCAUGGCAUGGGCAUACCCUCAAUCUCAAUAAUGUUACAUGAGCUUAUCAAACUCCUCUAUCAUUCCCGCUGCACUGACGUCACGAUCAUACGCAUUGGGACGUCUGGUGGAAUAGGUCUGCAGCCAGGCACAGUUGUGGUCACCAAAGAGUCAGUGGAUGCCAUGUUCCUGCCCCGCUUUGAGCAGGUGGUCCUGGGUAAGACAGUGGUGAGGAGCACGGAGCUGAACAUUGAGCUGGCAGAGGAGCUGCUACAGUGCGGCAAAGAGCUGGCAGAGUUUGAGACUGUCAUUGGGAACACCAUGUGCACUCUGGACUUCUAUGAAGGUCAGGCUCGUUUGGAUGGGGCUUUCUGUUCAUACACUGAAGAGGAAAAACAAAACUACCUGUCCGAGGCGUAUGCAGCAGGAGUCCGCAACAUUGAGAUGGAAUCUUCUGUUUUUGCUGCUAUGUGCAAACUCAGUAAUAUAAGAGCGGCUGUGGUGUGUGUGACCCUGUUGGACCGGCAGAAAGGAGACCAGCUGACCAGUUCUCAUGAUGUCAUGCACAGCUACCAACAAAGACCACAGAUCCUCGUUGGCCAUUACAUCAAAAAGAAGCUUAAUGCCUUCCAGAGAAAUUAGCUUUUACAUUCAUAACACUGGAAUAUAAACAAGCCAAAGUUUUAAAGACAUCUCGGUAUGAUUUUAUAUGAUUUAUCCAGUCUUGCCUUUGCUAGCAGUCACACUCCUGAACACUGCUAAUGAAACAUUUGAAUAUUUUGAGAUUUUAUGACACUCCUUGCUUGAUGCUGUCUGUUAUUUGAAAUAAUGUAUAUAAUAAAAUUCAGAGCUAUUAUUUAAAGACUAAA